AUGUACGCUUCGAGAAAUGAAUACGAUCGAGGCGUCAAUACAUUUUCCCCUGAGGGCAGACUGUUUCAAGUAGAAUAUGCUCUGGGAGCCGUUAAUUUGGGGGCGACAGCGAUUGGUAUUCGAACGUCAGAGGGAGUCGUGUUGGCGACAGAAAAGCGUCUGGGGUCAAAGUUGAUCGAGGAGACGGAAGACUUGAAGAAGGUGGUGGAAAUUGACAAGCAUAUAGCGUGUGCGAGUGCGGGUAUAAUUGCAGACUCCCGAACGUUGAUUGACCGUGGUCGGUCGGACGCGGCGAACUAUUGGUUCGUAUACGGCCAGCCUGUGCCGGUGGAGAGUUGCGUGAACUCGAUUGCGGCGUUCAUGUUGGACUUUAGUGGUGUGAACACAAAUCGCAAGAAGGUAGUUUCCCGACCGUUCGGUGUCUCACUAUUGGUAGGAGGCGUAGACAAACAGGCAGGACCUUCCCUUUGGUGCUGCGACCCAUCAGGCAGCACAGUCCAAUACCAAGCCGUCGCCAUCGGCAGCGGACAUGAAGGCGCAGAUUCGAAGCUACAGGAGAACUACAAACCCGAUAUGACACUCGACCAGGCCGUUUCGCUGGCCCUCCUCGUACUCAGACAGGUCAUGGAGGACCGUAUGACCGCCAAGAACGUCGAGGUCUCACUCGUGCCUGCCGACAAGGCCAAGGUACACGCAAUGACCGAACUUGAAAUUGAAAACGCAAUGGCUGGACUCCCCGCUGCCCAAGACUGGGAACGCAUGAGAGGCGUGUAA